CUCCUGACCGUUUCUCUUUCUAAGACGCUGGCUCUCUCUCGCUCUAGGGCAGGAAUCUGGUACUUUUCAUUGCAAAGCUCGGGUUUCUUCUCCACCAACGAAACCGCCCCGGAAAGGUGGUUGUUCCAUGAUUCUUAACUUACACCAGCCUCCAUGGCUUCUUGAGAUCCCAUUCUUCUCUUCCAUGUCUCCGGCCCCUCUCCCUUCUCUUCUCCUCUGCCCCCACAUCGUCUCUUGGUCCGUACAGUUUCAUACUCCCGCCUUUGACUGCGUCGCAUUUGGUAGAUAGCGCUCUCUGCAUUCGAUCAGUGAUGGAGAUUUCGUGUUGGGUCUUGGCGUUCUGGAUCUUUCUUUGCCUUUUCGCAUCUGGGUCUUCUUCGAUUGAGAAUUUUCGUCAAGCGUUUCCUAUUGUGGAACCUGAUCCUGGUCACACAAAACUUCGUCUUGCAAGGGAGGGCUUGGAGGCAAUUGAGAGAAUAACAACUCCGAUUGCAGCUGUUGCUGUAAUUGGUCCAUACCGCUCUGGAAAAUCUUUUUUGCUCAAUCAACUUCUCUCCCUUUCUUGUUAUGAAGGAUUUGGUGUGGGGCACAUGCGUGACACCAAAACAAAAGGGAUAUGGGUGUGGGGAACCCCUAUAGAAAUGGAUAUUGAUGGAGUAAAGAGUUCUGUGCUUUACUUAGAUACAGAGGGAUUUGAAAGUAUUGGCAAGUCAAAUGUAUAUGAUGACCGUAUUUUUGCUCUAGCGACCAUUUUGAGUUCUGUGCUUAUUUAUAACCUGCCUGAGACGAUUCGUGAAGCCGACAUUUCUCGAUUAUCAUUUGCUGUUGAGCUUGCUGAAGAAUUCUAUGGAAGAGUGAAGGGACAAGAUGUUGCCUUUGAACCUGCUAAGCUUCUGUGGCUUAUCCAACGUGAUUUUCUACAAGGGAAAUCUGUGCAAGAAAUGGUGAAUGAAGCUCUGCGACAUGUUCCUAAUUAUGAUGGGGACAAAAACAUUGAGCAGGUUAACCAGAUUCGGGACUCUUUGGCUAUUAUGGGUGAUAAUAGUACAGCCUUUAGCUUACCACAACCUCAUCUACAGCGGACAAGGCUUUGUGAUAUGAAGGAUGGUGAACUUGACCCCGCAUAUGUUCAGAAGAGGGACCAAUUGAAAGAAGUUGUUGCUAGCAUUAUACGUCCAAAGAUUGUGCAGGGUAAACCUCUAAAUGGAAAGGAGUUUGUCUCUUUUAUGGAGCAGAUACUUGAAGCCUUGAAUAAAGGGGAGAUUCCUUCAACAGGCUCUCUUGUGGAGGUUUUUAAUAAGGGUAUUCUUGAACGGUGUUUGAAGCUAUAUAGUGAAAGGAUGGGUAAAGUGGCAUUACCUCUGUCAGAGAAAUAUCUUCUAGAGGCCCACGAAGGAUCUCGAGGUGAAGCAAUGGAAGUUUUUGAUGAGCAACAUUUUGGUCGUUACCAUGCUAAGAAAUCAGUCACAACACUUGACGAAGAAAUACAGAAGAUAUAUAAAAACUUCAUUCUAGCAAAUGAAUACCAAUCGUCGAAGCUGUGUGAGGCAUUGUAUACUAGAUGCGAGGACAAAAUGGACCAGCUUCAAGUCCUUAGACUUCCUUCCAUGGCAAAAUUUAAUGCUGGGUUCCUUCACUGCAACCAAAGUUUCGGAAAGGAGUGUGUUGGACCUUCAAAGACCAACUAUGAGCAGCGAAUGACAAAGAUGAUGCAGAAGUCACGAUCUCUAUUUAUUAAGGAGUAUAACCACAGGCUCUUCAAUUGGCUGGUGGCCUUCUCCCUCUUCAUGGUGGUGGUGGGCCGGUUUGUCAUAAAAUUUAUUUUGCUUGAAAUUGGGGCAUGGAUUCUUUUUAUCUUCUUGGAGACAUACACAAGGAUGUUUUGGUCAGCAGAGUCUCUUUACUACAACCCAGUUUGGCAUUUUAUUGUAGCGACUUGGGAAACCCUUGUUUACAGCCCUAUCCUUGAUCUGGACAGAUGGGCCAUUCCCAUUUGUGUGUUAGCGGCAAUAUUAGUACUUUACUGGCGGUGUUAUGGGAGGAGAAAACAUGGGUCGCGAGGACUACUACCUCUAUACAACAACCAUAAAGGUGGCUCAAAUCGGCGGAGAUCAGACUAAAUGAACUGUGGAAAUGCAUGCUCUAAGCAAACCGGUAUGCCUUUAUUCUCUCCUGGAGCGAGCUUUUCCUUUUUAUAUGUGAAGCCCGCUGAUGAAUUUUGGUCCUUAAUAGACCCUUAUGAUCAGAAAAGUAAAGAGAUGAAGAAGAAAGGAUGAGCUGAUGGCAUUACUGGUAGUGUCUGUAACUUUAGAAACUGGAAAUUGUUGUAUAAUUGUCAUCUACUGAUCCCCUUUGAUUGUCUAUUAUUUCAAAGUGCACUUCACUUAAAAUCAGAGUCGAUCAGCAUUUGGUUCAUAGUAGCAAAGCAGUCUCUUCCUUGAAAGCCUUAUCAGCUUGGGAUCUUGAACUUGGGUCUUCAUUCUUUUAAAUUGUUUGCUAAUUAGUGUUUCUUUUUUUGGAGUGUUUGUGAUAAGGAGUUGGUGAAUUUUCUCUUGUUGUGGCUGAUUAAUAUGAAAUUUCUACAGUUAUGAUUCA